AUGUAUCUCAAAUAUUUACUUUCUUUGGCUGCUGCAGUCACCUCCGUGAUAGCGUCUUCCGAACCAAAAUAUGUGUUCGCACAUUUCAUCGUGGGAAAUGCCGCAGGCAUGUCAUCAGAUGACUGGGUGUCAGACAUCACCGCGGCCAAGGACGCUCACAUCGACGGAUUUGUGAUGAAUAUUGCUCCGCAAGAUUCGUACACUGAUUCCGUCCUUCAGAAAGCAUAUGACGCUGCUGAGGCUGUUGGCAAUUUCUCGAUGUUUCUCUCUUUUGAUUACGAAUCUGGUGGUCCCUGGGCCGCCAGUGAUGUGAUCACAAAAAUCAACACCUACAAGGACAAGCCCGCUCAGUUUUACUACAAAGGAAGGCCCCUGGUCACCACGUUCGAAGGUACCGGCAAUGUUGGUGACUGGCCUGGUAUCAAAGCCGCUACAGACAGUUUCGUCAUGCCGACCUGGACCAGUUUAGGAGUCACCGGCCUUGCCUCUGUUCUCGGCGUGAUCGACGGCUUUGCCAGCUGGGACGCUUGGCCAGAGGGUACCCAAGACAUGACGGAUGCCCCUGACAGAGCGUUCAUGAGCGCCAUCACUGGAAAACCAUACAUGAUGCCUGUUUCCCCAUGGUUCUACACCAACCUACCCCAGUGGAACAAGAACUGGCUGUGGCGAGGUGAUUCCCUGUGGCAUGAUCGCUGGGCUCAGGCCAUCGAGCUUCGACCGGCCAUCGUUGAGAUUAUUACCUGGAAUGAUUACGGAGAAUCCCACUAUAUUGGCCCUAUCCACGAAUCUGGAAUUCCAGAGGGUGCGUCUGACUACGUCUCAAAGAACCCCCAUGACGGCUGGAGAACGCUGCUUCCAUACUACAUCGAUGCCUACAAGACUGGAAAUACCACAGUCCAUACUCCGCACGGGAACUCCACUUUCUACCGGAGCAACCACACUGCAGAAGACGAGAUAACUUACUGGUAUCGACCGAAUCCUAGCACCGCCGGCAGCACUGGAGGCACGACCGGUAACAACCCUGCCCAAGGCCAGCCGACAUUGCCCCCUGGCAUUGUCUCCCAAGACAAGGUUUUCUUUACAGUCCUAGUCCAGAAGCCCAGUGUCGUCACUGCUCAAAUCGGCAACGGUAGCGUGAGCACAUUCCGUGCCAACACUGUUGGACUCAACCACUUUUCCAUCCCGAUGAACAACCAGACUGGCGCUGUGAAAUUGGCUAUUAUCCGCAACGGCAAGCCGGUCAAAUCUGCCACCGGACCCGCUAUCACAGAUGACUGCGCCGACGCCAUGACCAAGAAGAGAGUUGCUGAUCUGCAGGCGUCCGUCUCAACACUGCGUCUUGACAGUGACCAGUUGUCCCAGGCUCGAUACAUCCCUGUCUCCGUACAAUCUUCGCAGGUACUGCCACCCAGACCGUCACAGCCUCGUGCUGCGACGGACACCUUUAUGUCCUCGAACCCCACCAUCUUCCAUGCCGUCGAGCACUUCUCCAAGCAACUAGAAGAGCAUGGCUACAAGCGUCUCUCCGAGCGUGAUGUCUGGACAUCGGAACUGAAGCGUGGUGGAAAGUACUACACUACCCGCAAUGGAAGUGCCCUGAUCGCUUUCGCUGUCGGGAAGGACUAUAAGAGCGGAAAUGGUAUCGGUAUCGUCGCCGGCCACAUUGAUGCGCUUACCGCCAAGCUGAAGCCUAUCCCUACGCUGCCCAACAAGGCUGGCUUCCGUCAGUUGGGCGUGGCCCCCUAUGCGGGUGCGCUCAACUCCACCUGGUGGGAUCGUGACCUGUCGCUGGGUGGACGAGUCCUGGUACGCGAUCCGAACACAGACAAGGUCGAGACCAAGCUGGUCAAGUUGGACUGGCCCAUUGCAAGGAUCCCAACCCUCGCACCACACUUUGGUGCUCCCUCGCAAGGGCCAUUCAACCAGGAGACGCAGAUGGUGCCCAUAAUUGGAGUGGACAACUCGGACAUCUUUGGUGAAUCCAAUGCCGAAACGCGAAGCGAUAUCCCGUCCGGUACCUUUGCCGCGACGCAGCCUGAGAAGCUGGUCAAGGUCAUCUCCAAAGAGCUAGGUAUCACAGACUAUACCAGCAUUGUCAACUGGGAGCUUGAGCUGUUUGACAGCCAACCGGCGCAGCUCGGUGGACUGGAGAAGGAUCUCAUUUUCGCUGGCAGGAUCGAUGACAAGCUCUGCUGCUACGCUGCGCAGGAGGCCCUGCUCGCUUCUCCCGAUGAGAGUUCCCCGGGAAUUGUGAAGAUGGUCGGCAUGUUCGAUGACGAGGAGGUUGGAUCUCUUCUCCGUCAAGGUGCACGCUCCAACUUUAUGUCCAGUGUGAUCGAGCGUAUUGCGGAAGCUUUUGCUCCUGCGAACACCUAUGGACCCAAUCUACUCUCCCAGACUGUUGCCAACAGCUUCCUGGUCUCCUCAGACGUCAUCCACGCCGUCAACCCCAACUUCCUCAAUGUCUAUCUCGAGAACCACUCUCCCAGACUCAACGUUGGUGUUGCAGUGAGCGCCGAUCCCAACGGCCACAUGACGACCGACAGCGUCAGCUCCGCCAUCCUCAAGCGCGUUGCCGACAAGUGCGGUUCCACCCUGCAAGUCUUCCAGAUUCGCAACGACUCUCGUUCUGGCGGCACUAUCGGACCCAUGACCAGUGCUCGCAUUGGCAUGAGAGCCAUCGACGCGGGUAUUCCGCAGUUGAGCAUGCACAGCAUCCGCGCCACGACCGGGAGUCUCGAUCCUGGUCUUGGCGUCAAGAUCUUCAAGGGCUUCUUCGAUUACUACGAAGAAGUGGACGCGGAGUUUCAGGGGUUUUAG